CUUUAAGUCAUUAAUGUUGUGAUCACUGGAGCCUGUUGGUGUUUAUGUCGUCUUCGCCUUUACUGACGUGAGACGAGCGUUUUAUGCUUUUCAUCGUUAGGCUAGCUGGUGUAGCUCGGUUCAUUCGGGAAGAAGGCUGGGAAGUUAUCGCAGGCGAAUUGCCUUUCAUUUUCGCUAACAUACUUGGCCAGCUAGCUAGCUAGCUGUUUGUCACCAUCAGACAAGGUCUAUGCCCAUAAGCCAAAUGGCAGUUUUUUGAGAAGAUAGCGACGAAGUUCGUGUUUAUAAUGAGCUGUGGAGACAAAUUGAUGGAGAAAAUUCAGGACCUCAGCCAGUCAGAGCUGCAGGAUCUACUUGAUGAUGCUGGGAAGGUGGAGUCUCUGGUUCAGGAGUCUGAUGAGGUGCAGACGGCGCAGCUGGACCGGGAGAUGACCCUGGCCUCCAACCGCAGCCUGGCAGAGCAGAACCUGAACCUGAAACCGGGCCUGGAGAGCCAGAGGGACCGGCUGGUGGAGAAGUACUCCGAGCUGGAGGCAGUGAGAGAGACAUACCGACAGCACUGUGCCCAGAGAGAUGGCAUCAUGGGACAGGUGACUCCAGAGGGGCUGUUGUCGAGGUUACAGGCAGCAGGGGGCAGCACCGAGGCCGAAUCUGAGGCGCUCGCGGAGCAGUUCCUGGACGGCUCGCUGUCCCUGGACUCCUUCCUGGAGCACUUCCUGUCCCUGCGCUCGCUGGCACACCGGCGGCGGGUGCGGAUCGAGAAGCUGCAGGACAUCCUGCGCCAGAAGAGGGAGGGCGGGGCCGACGCGCCGCCGGGGGCGAUGACAUCACAGACGAGCGCCGCCCACGAAGCAGGGGCGGUGCCGCCGGCAUCGUCGCCGUGGCAGCAACAACAACAACAACACGCAGACCAGCAGCAGAAUAGCAUGGCGGAUUCCAAACCCGACCACGGCAGCUUCCCAAAUUCAUCCCAGUCUACCACAAACCACCCUUUGCCUUACACUCCGUAUCCCGUCUCCCCUCCCAACCCCCCCCCUGCCGUUUCGGCCUCUGGGCCCAGCAAUCCCCAAGCUCCAUUUCAGCCCUACCCCAGCCAGAGCUUCACCUCGGCCCCCAGCUUCCCCACUCCAGCCCCAGGCUUCCCUGCUCACGCGGGCUUCAGCCCCGGCGCCUGUCCCUAUCCCAUUCAGCCCACCUUCCCCGGCCCGGCCCGCUCCCAGUUUCGGCCGUACGGCUCGCCCAGCCCCCCCUACCCGUCCCCAUACCCCUUUCCUGGGUAUAACUACCCUCCUGGCCCUGGGGUGCCCCCUUCUCAACCCCCCUCAGGUAGGCCGCUCUACAGGCCUGGAUUUGGGUUGCCACAGUCCUAUUCAUAAACCCCCCUCACUCCACAAAAUGUCUCACACUAAUUUGACUAUCACUCCUGUAUCUCAUUAAUCCUCUUACAUUAUCCACCUUUUCUAUUCUCUUUUAUUCUCCUGGCUGCAUCAGAAUUGGUUUGGGGGGGUGGGGCGGGGCAGUGUUGCAAUCUGCAGUCUGUUCCUCUCUCAAGAUGCAUGCAUGGAUUUACAUCCCAUAAUGCAUUUUCCGAGCAUCCCAUAAUAACCACAGGCUGGGAGACCAGGAGAGAGAACAAAAAGCCAUAAUAAUAAUGCCUGGCAACCAGAAACCAACAAAAUGGCAGUAAUAUCAUGUUGCAGCGAUAGCUAGAAACUUUACUGAUGAGAAGGUUUUUUUUUUUUUCUUUUUUCCUUUUUAUCCCCUCUCCCACUGCUGGUGCAUCGACUAAUCACAGUUUUCAAGUUCACACUCACUCCGCCUUGGCCAGCGCAUCAUUUUAAUGCUUGGCAGUAAUUGGUCAAGAUUUAUUUUAUCCUUUGGGAAAACCGUAUUGCCCAAAUGGCAUUGGCAGGGAUCGCAACAGCUGCUGUCGUUCUUGUACGAGAACUUUUGCAGUUAGGGUCUCUUAUUGAACUCUGGCUCUCAAAAGUAAGAAAAUAAUUUGGUAGCUUUCUAUUCCCUGUUUUAUUUUUGCCUUUAUUCCCCAGUUUGCUGGGUUGUGACUCCUACAAACUCACACUGCUCACUGCAAUCCAGCAUCUAAUGUUUGCGUGAGCAGAACACAGUCGCAGAACACAGGCAGGGCACAGGCUGAACACAGGCACAAAACACAGGCAGGGUGCAGGCAGAACAGGGGUUGAACACAGGCACAAAACACAGGCAGGGUGCAGGCAGAACACAGGCACAAAACACAGGCAGGGCGCAGGCAGAACAGGGGCUGAACACAGGCACAAAACACAGGCAGGGCGCAGGCAGAACAGGGGCUGAACACAGUCACAAAACAGGCAGGGCGCAGGCAGAACAGGGACUGAACACAGUCACAGAACACAGGCAGGGUGCUGGCACUAUUGUACAGUGAAGGGGGGAACAGCCAGAUGCACCAUCUGAGGGUUUGGGUGUUGCUAUAGUUAUCGAAUGUGGUUAUGGUUAUGUGCUUAUGGUUAUAGUUGUGUGGUUAUGGCUUCAUGGUUUAAUAGCUCGUAGGAAAAGACUGGUGCAUCUGGUCAACGGUAACUCUAAAUACGCCUGGCUCUCUGUAACUACGCCUGGUCCUCUCUCUGAAUACGCCUGGCCCACCAACCGCAAGCCAUGCUGCACUCCACCAGGGGAAGCACCUUUUCAGUUUUUACAUGCAAGAGCUUCAUCUGAAUAGUUACAUGCCUCUCUCUCUCUCUCUCCCCCUCCCCCCUUUCCCCCUCCUCCCUUCCCUCCCUCCCUCUUCUGCUUUUGUUCAUUUCAUGAGCAUGACUAUGUUGACCUGAGUGUGUGUGUGAGCGCUUGGGUGCGUGUAUAAAUUUACUAUACAGGAGCAUUCUCUGUAAAUUGUAUAAAAAGGCAAUUAAUAAUAGAAUUGACAGAGUUAAUUGGGGGAACUCUAGGCGUGGCUCGUUUGAGGGUAUCAGAGUUGCAGUGUAGAUAUAGUGACUGGCCCAGACAACAAUGGGGGGAGGAGGGGGGGGUUGGGGGAGGGGGGGCAUAAAGGAGCGGAAAUGUUUAGGAGUGCAAUUUGGUGCAUAAAGAUCUGUUGUCGCGAUGAUGACUGUAGCCUGUUUUGAGUUGGUGUGAAUUAAAUACAGAACCUGAUUUCUGAA